GCAGAGUUUUGUAUACACUGUAAUAUCAAGAUAUCAUUAUUUGGUGUUUUUGUUCAUCUUGAUUCAAGCUACAUGUGUUUCUAAUGGUGUUUACCUGCGACACUUGGUUUUUGUAACACGAUCCCGAGACCAAUUAUUAACGCAACGUUAGCAACAGUAGGAUUAAAACGACCUUGGUGUGAAAAUCACUAAGUAAAAGUUGGUUCAACGCUAAUAAAGUAAAGAGCUUGUUGUCAUCCCGUCUGAAGAUUUACUCGAACGGUACUUCCAGCAAUCUGGUCGAAUUGCACUCUACAACAGUAAAAUGUCUUCUAAGAUUGUUCAAGAUGCAGUUCAUGGUGUAAUAGAGCUGGAGUCACUAGCUGUUCAGUUGAUCGAUUCUCCUGAAUUUCAGCGUCUUCGAGAAAUAAAGCAAUUAGGUAUUGCUUAUUUUGUUUUUCCAAGUUGUCAACAUUCACGAUUUGAACAUUCGAUUGGUACUUAUCAUAUGGCCAAAAAGCUGCUUGAGACUAUUCACAAUGAUAAAAAUUACUCGGGUCCAGCUUUGAGCUCCUCAGAACAGUUAGCCAUUAGAAUCGCUGCCUUGUGCCAUGAUUUAGGUCAUGGACCUUUUUCUCAUUUAUGGGAAGAGUUCGUCAAAAGGGGCGGGUCAGAAUAUAGUGAAUAUAACCAUGAAACAAUUAGUGGGCAUGUACUUUAUCAAAUUAUUUGUUCAAAACCUACCCUACAAAGUGAAUUAAAUAAUCUUGGCGUUGAUAUGAAUCUCAUACGCAGUCUGAUACUAGGUGAUACUAGUACUGUAUUAUCACAACAGGAUUCAUUGAAGAAUAAAUCAUUUAUUUAUGAGAUUCUCUCCAAUAGUUUAAAUGGUAUGGAUGUUGACAAAUGGGAUUAUCUACUCCGAGAUUGUCUGCAUUCUGGUUUGGGAGCUAGUGGGACUAGUGUGGAUAUUGAUAGAUUUUUAAGAUUUUACCGACCAUUUCUACAUACUGAUAAAGACAAAGGUGACGAGAAUGAAUCAAAAUGUUGGCAUUUAUCAUUUAGAGAUACAGAAUUGGAAAAUUUGCUUCGAACAUUCAGUUUACGACAGCAUCUUCAUCAAAAAGUUUAUCAACAUAAAACAGUGACAGCUAUUUCUGCUAUGAUUAUUGAUGCUCUUGAAUUAAUAGAACCUGUACUUAAUCUUCGAUCCAUUAGCAUGAACGCAUUAAAAUAUCAGAAUCCAGAUAGUUUGAAUGAUUUUCUUAAACUCCAUGAUUCACUUUUGUGGGAUGUUUUUUAUGGACGAGGAUCAUUAUCAAGAUUUACUUCGGAAAAUUUUCUUUCUCGAAUUCAACAGGCACAGUCUCUAAUACGUCGUAUUUUAAAUCGAGAUCUGUAUACCUAUAUUGAUAGUGUAUAUGAAAUGAUAUACUAUGCACCAAUUGGUGAAAAUAACAGUCACCCACAUUCUUUCAAUCCCAAAAAGUUCCCUAAUUUAAUCAAUGAAGUAGCAACUGAAUCAUUAACAUUACGAUCGAUGGGGUUAGGACUAGGUCCUAGAAAAAGUCUAUGCUAUGAACCAAUUUCACCUCAUUACAGGACAUUCGGGGUGACGUCAAAUAAUAAAAGAAAACAUUCCAAAGAAUCCAUUCUUACUGAAAUAUUCAGGAGACUUCCUCAGGACUCUGGGAUCCGAGAUAUAGAUGAUCUAUUGGUAACAGAAUCUAGGUUCUCUUCAAACAGUACUCUCAAAUCUCCCAGAUUUUACUUUUAUACACGUUCAGGGAAUACUUUUACCUACAGCGAACCGGUAAGUAUAAAUAUUUAUUAUGAUAUUUCAGUGCUUACCCAAAAACUGAGAAUUGUCCACGUAAUAUGCCCUCGUCAAUUGAUUAGUGAUCUUUUAUAAAACGUUAUUUGAGAUUCUAAAGCUUACCAGGGUUAUCUGAAAUAUAUUGAAUAUAAAGCAAGCUAUGAAGCAUUACAUAUGAGAUCCUUCCCGUUGAGCAAGUAAAUUUUCAGUUUUAUUAAACAAAAUCCUGAAUUAUCAGACAGAACUUUAAUAAUAAAUUCAGUCUUGCUGGAUAUUGUCUACAACUUAAGGACAUAUACCUAUAACUCAAUGAGAUAUCUAUAUAAGGAUACAUUAUCCAUAAAAUUUACAACAAACGCUCAAGGGAAAUCUCAAAUGUUGAUCAGAUACUGAUUGGUUGCUCUAAGAUACAAACUAUUCAUAAGAGUUGAAAACCGAAUGCUUCAUAAUACACUGCGUUUAUUUUGGACUUUUAGUUACGUGUUAUACGAGCAUACCGUCUUUAUUGGCGCAGGACUAAUUCUCCUUUAAAAUCUGCGAUAUACUGCCCUGUUACAUGCUUAACGGAAGCAUUUAACCAAUGGCAUCAAGAGAUGAUUGAAGAUAGACAUGGUGCAGAAAGUGAUUAGUCUGUUAAUUGCAAAUAGAUACUACGAGAGUGACAGAACAACAAAACCACAUUGUUUUACACACUUAUUCACUAUAAUUCAUUUAUUUUGAUUGUUGCC